GGUUGCGCGCGCAACCGCUUUCGUAGCGCGCCUCGGGGGAGCGGUCGUUGACGGCCUGUCGUAAACUGAAUCCUUCCUUUGCUUUUUCAUUGCUUGGCUGUGAGCUACGGCCCCUCGGUGCCCCGCGCGCUUUCCGGCCGCGGCGCUGAGCGGACCCGAGCGAGCGCGGACAGGGCCCCGCCCCCUUCCCCGAGAUGCCCCCCAAGAAACCGCCGCCUGCGGCGGGGCCCAAUAAGAAGGCGGACCAGAAAAAGAAGGAGAAGAUCAUCGAGGAUAAAACAUUUGGUCUAAAGAAUAAGAAAGGAGCAAAACAGCAGAAGUUUAUCAAGGCUGUGACUCAUCAAGUUAAAUUUGGUCAACAAAAUCCAAGACAGGCUGCUCAAGCUGAAGGUGACAAGAAAUUAAAGAAAGAUGAUAAGAAGAAAGAAUUACAGGAACUAAAUGAACUCUUCAAACCUGUAGUUGCUGCCCAGAAAAUUAGUAAAGGUGCAGAUCCCAAAUCAGUAGUUUGUGCUUUCUUCAAGCAAGGACAGUGCACCAAAGGAGAUAAGUGCAAGUUUUCUCAUGAUUUGUCUUUGGAGAGAAAGUGUGAAAAACGAAGUGUUUACAUUGAUGCAAGAGAUGAAGAUCUUGAAAAAGAUACAAUGGAUAAUUGGGAUGAGAAAAAGCUGGAAGAGGUGGUGAACAAGAAGCAUGGUGAGGCGGAAAAGAAAAAACCCAAAACUCAAAUAGUCUGCAAGUAUUUUCUUGAUGCUAUUGAAAACAACAAAUAUGGCUGGUUUUGGGUUUGUCCUGGUGGAGGAGACAAUUGUAUGUACCGCCAUGCUCUCCCUCCUGGCUUUGUACUAAAAAAAGACAAAAAGAAGGAGGAAAAGGAAGAUGAAGUUUCUUUAGAAGAUCUAAUAGAAAGAGAGCGUGCUGCCUUAGGACCAAACAUUACCAAAAUCACCCUAGAGUCUUUUCUUGCAUGGAAGAAAAGAAAAAGACAAGAAAAAAUUGACAAGGCUGAACAAGAUAUGGAACGGAGGAAAGCUGAUUUUAAAGCUGGCAAAGCACUGGUGAUCAGUGGACGUGAAGUAUUUGAGUUCCGGCCUGAGUUGGUUGAUGCCGAUGAUGAAGAAGCAGACGACACUAAUUAUAUUCAAGGAUCAAGUGAAGAUGAGGUUGAAGAUCUUGUGAGGAUAAAUGAUGUAGACUUGAACCUGUAUGUCCCAAAGGAUGUAGAUGAGACUGGUAUUACUGUGGCUAGUCUUGAGCGAUUCAGCACAUACACUUCAGUGGAAAAAGAUGAUAACAAAUUAAGUGAAGCUUCAGGAGGUGGGAUAGAGAAUGGGGAGCAAAGUGAUUUAGAAGAAAACGAGGCAGAAGGAGAACAGGAAAAUGGAGUAAUAGAUGCAGUUCCUGUUGAUGAAAAUCUUUUUACUGGAGAGGACUUGGAUGAACUAGAAGAAGAAUUAAACACUCUUGAUUUAGAAGAAUGAACAAACAAAUCAAAUAAGAAAAUUGAAGUCUACCUUACAAAGUGAAAACUGACUACAUAAUUUUUUCAUCUAGAAUUCUUAAACAGGAUGUUUAUGAUUUCCCCAACUGAUUCUGGAGGGCACAUCAAAAACCAGAAGUACUUUCCUUCAGUUUCCUUUACUCCACUCUUGACUACACCUCAUAGUAAGAUAUUCAGAGUAGAUAAUAAUUGAAUUGAGAGCUGUCAUCGCAGAAAAUGAGGUGUAAUUUUCAACUAAAAGUAGGAAGCAUAACUGAGUUAAGUGGAUUUAUUACUACCAGGUGCAGUAUACAGUCAAAGUGAACAGCUUUUUCACCAGAACUGCAUUUUUUAAUAAGUAAUUUGAGUUGAUUUUCAAACUGCCUAAAAUAUUCGAGCAAUGUGCUCUAAAUGGAGCAGAUACAGAUUCAGAUGUUCGUGCUCCAGUAGGUAUUGAUAUGCUUUACUUCUUCAGCUGGAUGCUAAAGAUGCGGAUUCAUGAAUUGAUACAGCGUCAGCUAUGGUGCCCUCUGUUUAAAAUGUUUUAAACUUUCCCUCCACCUUUUGCCAACAAGGUUGUAAAUAAAGACUGUCAACUUUAAAAUCA